AAAUAAAUUCCACACAAUUAACGCCCACCAUUAAAGCUUUAUUUAUCAACGCACUUGCUGUAUUUUUAUAUAAUCGAAUUGCUCGUGUUGGUUUUCUAUGCCCAGAAAGAAAACGAAGUGGUAUGGUCUUUAGUCGUAGCAACAUCCUCAAUGUCACGUUUGUUAUGCGAAAAGUAGCAUAGUGUCUACCCUUAUACUUGUUAACAUGUUCACAUUUAAUACUGUAUUAUUUGGCUCUAUUAGUAACGUAUGUCGCCAACUAGUUUCGUCUGUGAAUACAAGUGGUAGCGCGCUGGGGCUGCAACGAACACUGUGUAGCAGCGCUGUCAGACUCCAGGAGAGCUCAGCGACCACUACUGCCAAACAGCCAACGAAAGAUCCAUUAAGACGUUUACCUCCACUACCGUGUGACGAAAGUCCUCUGAGGUGGGCAGGACAGAAGUAUGAAGAGUUACCGAUCAUCCACAUUAAGGCCACAUAUAACAACACACACAUCCAGCUGACAGACGGCGUGGGAAAGUCAUUAACGAGGACUUCGUGCGGUGCCGAGGGUUUUAAGAACAUCAAGCGGUCGACCCCAGUAGCUGCUCAGACUACAGGCAUUGCUACAGCCAUGAAAGCCGCAUCAAAAGGAGUAACGUUUGUCCGUGUUGUUGUCAAAGGCAUCGGUCCUGGGCGACAGGCUGCCAUUAAAGGGUUGGCAAUGGGAGGCCUGAAAGUGGUUUCCAUCACAGACAACACACCUGUGCCACACAAUGGAUGCCGCCCACGCAAAGCCAGAAGGAUGUGAUUUGUGAACAAAGAUGUGCUGCAAAAGUUGUUGUUGUCACUGUUGGAUAAUAAAGUGUUUUUUUUCCCUGCU